AUGACUUCUUCAGUAGCUUCAUCAUUGAUUCUUGCUGCACAACAAGCGACUAUUUACUUUGGAAUUCCGAUUCUUAUCGCUGGUGUCACUGGAAAUUUCCUGAAUCUUGUCGUGUUUCUUAGUUUGAGAACAUUUCGACAAAGUUCUUGUGCGUUUUAUCUCACCGCCAUGUCUUUUCUUAAUAUCGGUCAAUUAAUAUCGGGUUUACUCACUCGAAUCAUUAUUAAUGGUUACCAAAAUGAUUGGAUCAAUUCAUCGGCAUUUUAUUGUAAAUUUCGAUCGUAUUCUCUUAUUGUUAGUGCAUUGAUUUCGUUAACAUGUAUGUGUUUAGCAACAAUUGAUCAAUAUCUCGCAACAUGUCCGAGGACUCGCUGGCAAAGAUGGAGUCAUAUUAAAGUUGCGCAUAGAGUUACGAUCAUUUCAGUACUGAUUUGGAUACUUUAUGGAAUUCCUUUUUUUAUUUAUAAUAAUUUAAUCUAUUCACCGAUCACUAAUCGAAUGAUAUGUGUCUCGUCAAUGACAACAUUUUAUUAUUAUUAUGCCUAUUCGUUUGUCUGGGUUUUUGGUGGAAUGUUACCGAUCUUUGUUAAUGCUUUGUUCGGUCUGUUGGCUUAUUGCAAUGUUCAGCAGAUGCAUCGACGAACAGUACCCUUUAUUCGACGAGAAUUGGACAAACAAUUGACAGUGAUUGUACUUAUACAAGUUGUAUAUACAUUUGUCGCGAUUAUUCCGUAUAUUAUUGUGACAAUCAUCAUUUUGGAUUCUAUGAGUGGCAAUGACGAUGUCUGGCAAGCAAAAAUACAACUCGCAACUUCGAUAACCACUUGUCUCUAUUAUCUAUAUUUUUCCAGCCCAUUUUAUAUGUACAUCUGUGUGUCGCAGCGAUUCCGUCAUCAAUUUAUUCAUGUGUUUUUCAAAAUAUACAUCCAAAGAUGGCACCGACCACGAAUUAAUACAAUACAUUGA